AUGCAUCCUCCAAGAGUUCCACAUGCGGCCCUUGAUACAAAAAGGAAAAUGGUGGCCAGGCCCUUCUCUGGACUGUGGAAAGUCUCUGAUCCUACUCUGUUACAAAUGACUUUGGUCGCUGGUCUGUUGGCUUCUGUUCUUGGAGAUUGUGGUCCUCCACCUGAUUUACAGUUUGCUUCUCCAAAUAACAAGUUGGAUAACAAAGACUUCAAAACUGGAACUACACUGAAGUACACCUGCCUGCCUGGUUAUAGCAGAUAGAUUCUUUAAUUCAAAGACUACUUUGAUGAAAGUAGUCUUCAAAAUUAACAUUACCUAUAUCUUGAAAAAAUUUUCUGUGUUUAUAAGCAAUGCAGAAACCUAGGAGACUUACCCAAUGGGAAAGUGGAAGUUAAGACAGAUUUUCUUUUUGGUUCAACUAUAGAAUUCAGCUGCUCAGAGGGGUAUAUCUUAGUUGGCUCAGCUACUAGUCAUUGUGAGAUCCAAGAUAAAGGAGUUGACUGGAGUGAUCCGCUCCCUCAGUGUAUAAUCGCCAAGUGUGAGCCUCCUCCAGCCAUCAGCAAUGGGAGGCACAAUGGUGGAGAUGAAGACUUCUACACAUACGGCUCUUCCGUCACCUACAGCUGUGACCCUGACUUCUCAAUGUUAGGCCAAGCCUCCAUUUCUUGCAGAGUGGAAAAUAAAACAAUAGGUGUCUGGUAUCCAAACCCUCCUACUUGUAAAAAUAUAGUUUGUCACCCACCACGAGUUCGAAAUGGAAACAUUCUCUCUGGAUUUGGACCCAUCUAUCACUACAAAGACUCUAUUCUGUUCAGCUGCAAGAAAGGCUAUAUCCUCAGUGGCGACAGUUUAAUCCGCUGUGAUGCUGAUAACAAGUGGCAUCCUUCUCCCCCGACUUGUGAACUCAAUAGUUGUAUUGGGUUACCAGACAUUCCCCAUGCUGUCUGGGAUGGAAGAGACAACAAGCUAAGCAAUCAAGAAGUAUUUGAAGUUGGGACUGAGUUGAAAUAUCAAUGCAAGUUUGGCUACAGACCUAUUCCAGAUGAGCCUCUGACUUUGACUUGUGUGGAAAACUUCACAUGGACACCAUCCAAAGGGUGUGAAUAUAUUGUCUGUCAUCCACCUCAAGUUCCAAAUGGAAUCAUUCUCUCUGGAGUUGGACCCAUCUAUCACUAUGAAGACUCUGUUCUGUUCAGCUGCAAGAAAGGCUAUAUCCUCAAUGGCAGAAAUUUAAUCCACUGUGGUGCUGAUGACGAGUGGCAUCCUUCUCUUCCCACUUGUGAACUCAUUACGUGUUUGAAACCAGAAGUAGAAAAUGGAAAGCUGUCCGUGGAUAAGGAAAAGUAUGUUGCAUCUGAGAAUGUCACCGUCCAUUGUAACCCUGGGUUUAGUUUGGUCGGUCCCCAGAGUAUCACUUGCUCAGAGAAUACAACCUGGCACCCAACUGUGCCCACAUGUCACUGGGUAAAUUGCACAAUUGUGUGUCCUUGUGUGUCUUGGACUGCUGCUGACACCGUGCGGUGGAUUUUCCUGACUAUCCUGAAGGCGAAUAUGGAUCGCGCUGUAGGCGAUGCUGCACCGGUGCUCAAUGUGCAGAGAUGCUUGGAAGAACUAGAGCAAUGCACAUUGGCAUUACAGCAAGAACCUUGUGGUCCUGAAGAGCCCAGCAUCUCUGACUGCGAGGUGGAAGUGUUAUUACAUGCAUUCUACAUGCCGACCUCUUUUCACUUUUGUGUCUCACCUCAAGAUUGUGAAUCCCCUCCUGUCAUUGCCCAUGGACAAAGUAACAUAGUCUCUAAAUACUUUGAAUUUGAACGUGAAGCUGAAUAUGAAUGUGAUGAAGGAUACACCCUGGUUGGAGCGAACAGACUCUCCUGCACUUCUUCAGGAUGGUCACCUGCAACCCCUCAGUGUAAAGCACUGUGUCUGAAACCAAUGAUAGAAUAUGGAAGAUUAUCUGUGGAGAAGGUUAGCUAUGUUGAACCUGAAAGAAUUACUAUCCACUGUGAGUCUGGCUAUCGUUUGGUUGGUUCAGAAAAUAUCACUUGCUCAGAGGACAGAACCUGGUACCCAGAGGCACCCAAGUGUGAGUGGGAGUAUCCUGAAGGCUGUGAGCAAGUAAUCGCAGGCAGGAAACUCUUGCAGUGCCUCUCAAGGCCAGAGGAGGUGAAAUUGGCCCUGGAAGUGUACAAGCUUUCCCUGGAGAUUGCACUCCUGGAGCUUCAGAUAGAUAAGAGAAAGGAUGCCUCUGAGUGGUAAUCACUGCAAUGUUUCUCAAGAAAGAGAGGAAAACGUUUCGUGCUAUCUUCAUUCCAAUACAGAUCACCUCAGUUAAUCACCUUUACCAUCUCUUUUACACCACCAAUUGUGGUAAUAAUUAUCUAGAAAGGAUAAUUUGUUACUAUUUAGUGCUUUGAGAUUGUGGAGUUAUUGAUGAUUUUCUGACUCAUGUUUUUGCUUUUCUGGACACAGAGUACACAUUUUUUAAGUAAAAAAUUAGCAUAUCCAA